AUGGCCACUUGGCCGGGCAGAACGGCUCCCAAGAAGGGUGGAGAGAAGAAGGGCAGUUCUGCCAUCGACGAGGUAGUGACCAGAGAAUACACCGCCAACAUUCGUAAGCGCGUCCGUGGAGGGGGUUUCGAGAGGCGAGCUCGUCGGACACUCAAAGAGAUCCGGACGUUUGCCGUGAAGGAGAUGGGAACCCCAGGUGUCCACACUGGCACCAUGCUCAACAAAGGUGUGUGGGCUGAAGGAAUAAGGAAUGUUCCACACUGUAUCUGUGUGCGGUUGUCCAGACAACGUAACAAGGAUGAAGAUUCACCAAACAAGUUCUACACACUGGUCACCUAUGUACCUGUCGCCACUGUCAAAAAUCUACAGACAGUGGGGACGAGAACUAAUCGCUGA